UUUUUUUUUUUAAUCCUUUUUCCCCUUUAAGAUUCUCUCUGUCUUUCUCGGAAAAUCAUUUGCUCUUCCUUCUUCACCACAGCAUGUGGAUCCAAGCGUCUAUUUUCUCUUUCACAACCGCGUCGUUUUGAUUUUCGCUUUUUUAUUUUUUUCUGUUCUUAUUCGUCUAAUUGAAGUAUCGGUUGUGGAUCUGUUUUGCAGCUAGUGCUUUUCUGAAUCGAAGGAUCUGAUUGUUAGGGUUUGGUAUGGGGAGAGGAAAGAUCGUGAUAAGGAGGAUCGACAAUUCGACGAGUAGGCAAGUCACGUUCUCGAAACGAAGGAACGGUUUGCUGAAGAAGGCGAAGGAGCUUGCGAUCUUGUGCGAUGCUGAAGUCGGAGUUAUGAUUUUCUCCAGCACCGGAAAACUCUACGAUUUCGCCAGCUCCAGCAUGAAAUCAGUUAUUGACCGAUACAACAAAUCAAAAGAAGAAAAUUGUCAACUUGGGAGUUCGGCCUCCGAAAUUAAGUUUUGGCAAAGGGAGGCAGCAAUGUUAAGGCAACAAUUACACAAUUUGCAAGAAAGCCACCGAAAAAUCAUGGGGGAGGAACUGUCAGGUUUGACAGUCAAAGAAUUACAAAAUUUGGAGAACCAAUUAGAAAUUAGCCUUCGCGGUGUCCGUAUGAAAAAGGAUCAACUUCUAAUGGAUGAAAUACAAGACCUAAAUCGAAAGGGAAACCUCAUACGCCAAGAAAAUGUGGAACUGUAUAAGAAGGUCCAUGGAACAAAAGAUGAUAGCGAAACAAACAGAGAUUAUGUUCUCACAAAUGGUCUAGGCAUAGGAGAGGAUUUGCAUGUGCCCGUGAAUCUCCAGCUAAGCCAGCCACAGCAACACUAUAAGGCUCCUUCAGGAACUGCAAAAUUGGGGAUACCAAUUUUAAUCCAAUCAGGACACAUGCAGGAGCAUAUCGCCUACCAUUGGAUGAACUGACCUAGUCGGACUAUCUCUGAGAAACCAACUAUCUGAGCAUGCCCCUUGUCUUUAUAAAUGACACAAUUUCCUACAGCACUCUUAGUGUACUUCACUAUCUCCAUUAUUACAUCCUAAUGCUUCUGGCAAGGAGAGUUCAAGAAUAGACUCACCACACUUACUGCACAGGGAACAUGUGGUGGAUGAAUGACUGAAGAUAAUUCAACUUUCCAAUCAACAUCUUAUAUUUCACCGAGAUUCAAUAAGGGCUCCUCCCAGUUUGGUAGCAAUCUAACAUAUGGAUGAAUGAGUAUGAGAUAAUUCAAUUUUCCAAUCGGUUCUAUAAUUCCUCAGUUUCAAUAAGGGCUCCUCCUAAUUGGAUAGCAAUCUAACAUGAGGUUUCAUCGAAGUUUCUACUUGCUUGGCAUUCAGUAGAUCAGUUUCUGGCAAGAUGUCAAGAACAAAUUUCCUCUAAUAGGUCACCAAAUCAUCCUUGGAUUGAGCAAUUUUGAAACCUAGGAAAUACCUUACCAAGGUCUUUAAUCUAGAACUGGCACGAGAGGUACUAUUUGAGGUUGUGAAUUUACACCGACCAAAGCUUAUAAGGAAAUUAUCAUUUACAAACAUAAGAUGAAUGCAUCCCUGAGUUGAAUGGUGAUGGAAGAUAGAGUGAUAGACUUUACUACAAAUCAUACCAAGUUGUUGCACAGCAGUAAGAAAGCGACCAAAAUAGAUUUGAGGGGACUAUUUGGUUCCAUAUAGGAACUUGUGAAGCCCGACAAACCAUAGUA